UGAUCAGCAAGAUUGCUGAAAGGGAAGCGCUGGCAGUGGAAGCUAUAGUAUAUCUUUUCAGGUGUUUCAGCGUGCAACUAGUUUGGGCGAAAUGGCAAGUGCUAACGGUGACCGACUUAAACUGCACUCUGAUAAUGCGGAGGACGUGGCUACGGCCUCCAGCUACCGGCAGUUCAGAAUUGACAACUACAACUUGAACCUGGAAGUGGACUUUGAUAAGAAGGAGCUGCAUGGUGUAACCACCUUGGAGCUGACCUGCCUCCAGGAAUCAGAGUCGGUGCUGCACUUAGACGUUCAUGAUACACUUACCGUUCAGUCUGCCUCUUAUCAAGUUGCAGGGACCGGUGACAACUUUGUUGACUUACGGCCUGUCGUUAAACCCUUCACUGGCUAUGGGACCCAAUUGGAGCUGUCCUUCCCGGCACCGCUGCAUAGCGGUGAUCAGUUGCAAGUGGCGAUCCGAUACACUUCGGUCAACGGACCCGGGGUAUGUUGGCUUGAUCCCCUACAGACAGCAGGAAAGAAGAAGCCCUUUGUCUAUACCCAGGGCCAGGCUGUUCUAAACCGAUGCUUCUUUCCUUGUUUUGAUACUCCGGCUGUUAAGAGCAAGUACUCUGCCACGGUCAAGGUACCACCAGGCUUCACAGCAGUAAUGAGUGCUACGAACUGGGAGAAAGACGAGAAAGAAAACACUUUUCACUUCAGUAUGAAGAUCCCAAUCCCUGCUUAUCUUGUUGCACUGGCUGUAGGGGACAUUGUAUCUGCAGAGGUAGGGCCCAGGAGCCGUGUGUGGACUGAGCCCUGUCUCAUACAGGCUGCCAAGGAGGAGUUUUAUGGUGUGAUAGAAAAUUUUCUGCUCACAGGAGAGAAACUGUUUGGACCAUAUGUCUGGGAAAGGUACGAUGUCCUCUUUAUGCCACCCUCCUUCCCAUUUGGUGGUAUGGAGAACCCUUGCAUCACCUUUGUUACGCCAUGUCUACUAGCAGGAGAUUGUUCGCUUGCUGAUGUCAUCAUACAUGAGAUUUCUCAUAGCUGGUUUGGAAACUUGGUUACCAAUGCCACUUGGGGGGAGUUCUGGCUAAAUGAAGGCUUCACUAUGUAUGCACAACGGCGAAUUUCUGCAACUCUACAUGGUAAAGAGUAUUCCUGCCUUGAAGCUGCUACAGGUAGAGCACUCCUCCGCCACCAUAUGGAUACAACAGGAGAGGACCAUCCACUUAACAGGCUGAGAGUAAAAAUAGAACCAGGUGUGGACCCAGAUGACACAUACAAUGAAACCCCUUAUGAAAAGGGGUUUUGUUUUGUGUCUUAUCUUGCUUAUUUGGUUGGGGACCAGCAGCGUUUCGAUGACUUUCUGAAGGCCUAUGUUCAACGGUUCAAGUUUCAAAGUAUAAUGGCUGAUGAUGCGCUAGAAUUCUAUCUGGACUAUUUCCCAGAACUUAAAAAGAAAGGUGUUGAUAAAAUCCCUGGGAAAGAAUUUGACACAUGGCUGAAUAAAUCAGGCUGGCCUCCAUAUCUUCCUGAUCUCUCACCUGGAGACUCCCUUAUGAAGCCUGCAGACAAUUUGGCUGUAUUAUGGGCAGCUGACCCUUUACAAAUGAAUAAAAUUCAAGCAGUGGACAUCAACCCCUGGAGAACGUACCAGCUUGUUUAUUUUCUGGAUAAAAUACUGGGAAAAUCACCACUUCCUUCAGGAAAUGUAGAGAAACUUGGAAAACUGUAUCCAAAGAUAUCCCAAAGCAAGAAUGCUGAGCUUCGUCUCCGAUGGUGUCAGAUUGUUAUAAAGAAUCUUCAUGCACCAGAGUUUCAUUUAGUUUCUGAUUUCCUUCAUAGUCAGGGAAAACAGAAAUAUACACUGCCGCUUUACCGAGCAAUGUGGGGUGGUAACGACCAAACUCGUGAACUGGCGCGGGCAAUAUUUGACAAAACUGAACAACAACUUCAUAGUAAUGUACAAAAUUAUGUGAAGAAGAUAAUGGUGUGAAGAACGAUCCUGCACCAUUGAGCUAGAACCGCCUUAUGAAAAGACAGUUACGAUGACAAUCACUUCAAGCGCUCAGACUUUUGAUAACAUUUACUGAGAACUAUGAUUCAUAUGUUAUUCAUUAUAUGAUCAAGAAAUUAAAUAAUUUUGAAAUGCAGUGACGAUAUUUAAAGAGGCAGUAAACAAAACCUCCAGGCAUGUUUUACUUGCUCUUGUACUCUACAAGUAAUGCUUUGUCAUAUUACUCCAGGCCUUAGUGCUACAUAUUAGCCUCAUUCCAUUCAAAGAAUAACAUACAUUUUACUUGUUCUAGAAUAGGAGUAACAAAGUGCUACCUCCAGUAGAAAAAUGCAUUACUAAUGAAGUUUACAGAGUGUUGACUUUGUACAUUUAUAUCAGAUUUGCUGUAACAGUACCCCCCAACUAAUGUGAUUAUGGGACUUCCAUUCCCUUAGCAUGAAAUUUAUAGACAAUAGAAGAUAAAUGUCACAAAAGCAGGAAGCUGAGGAGUGCAAGACAGGCACUUAGUUAUACAGUUGUCUUCUUUCUUAGCUUCUGCAUCCUGAUUUCUGUAUGUGGAGUACCUACUGCAGGUCUUCAUGGCAUUGCUAGAACCAGAAUUUGCAAACGCAUUCUGUAAGUUGAUGCCACCCUAUGAGGUGCCGUUUUCUGUUCGUGUAUCUCAUUGUGGCUGAACUUGUCCUUAUUUCUGUAAAAUUAAUAUUAAUACUGUUGACAAAGUUCCUACCUCGACUGCUGAAAUUGUGUUUAAGUAGUAGCUUCUAAUUGCUGUUCCCUGUCUAUCCUUUUCCAUUUACUUUUAUCACCAUUUGCACUAGCUGCUAAUUUCAUUACCUGCAAACUGUGAUUUUCUGAUAACCAAAAUUGUCAACCAUGGCCUGAAUAAAUUGCUUGUAAGCCUUGACAACAUCUUUAAAACCCCAUAUUAUUCGCUGCAGAACUACCAUUGGUUUAACCUGGGAACGAUCUCAUGGAAAUGGAAAGGCUCUACCCCCUCAAAAAGGUGGGUUCCUUUAUGAAAUGCCUUUUUUAUAGUCAAUCAGUGUGUCGAAACUGGUAACAGUAAGGGAUAUAUUUGUUCGCUGUUCUGUCAGUCAUGGCUUUGUGGUUUACUAGUUUGACUUGGCUUUUAGUUUGAUUAAAUUAGUAUUUCUCAUGAAUUCAUCCUGCAAUAAUUUACUUCUGAGCCAUGUUUUUUUUAAUAAUGUACAUGGGGUAUCUAAAGCUAUGAGCAUGUAACAAGACCAUAAUUGUGUUUUUGUUUUUUUCAUACAUGUCAGUGCCAGGUUUCCAGUUGUCCUCAGGAAACUGAACUUUAGAGAAAAAAAAUUGCUGUUAUGUCUGUUCUGCAUUUUUGUAAGUUGCAAUUGAUUAAUUAAAAGAUGUAAUGUUC